AUGAAUAUCGCCAUUGACGAGUACGGACAACCGUUUGUGAUCCUGAAGGAGGAGGAGAAGAAGAGGAUAAAAGGAAUUGAGGCACACAAGAGUAACAUCCUCGCAGCCAAGGUCGUCGCAGAUAUUUUGAAAAGCUCCAUUGGCCCAAGGGGCAUGGAUAAAAUCAUCGUUAGCGAAGACAACAACGUUACGGUGACAAAUGACGGAGCCACGAUACUUGAUAAAAUUGACAUCCAACAUGAGUGCGCAAAGUUGUUGGUGGAAUUGUCGAAGAGUCAAGACAAUGAGAUUGGAGACGGGACUACCGGUGUUGUUAUUAUCGCGGGAAUGCUCCUGGAAGAAGCAUACACCCUAAUAGAUAAAGGCAUCCACCCUCUACGUAUAGCAGACGGAUUCGAAAACGCAUGCAACAUAGCAUUGAAGGCAAUUGAAGAAAUAGCUAUAACGGUGGACAUUGAAAAAAAUAACAACGAAAUGUUAAAAAAAUUGGCUAGUACUUCACUAAGUUCUAAAAUUGUAUCCAGUAAAAAGGAUCUCCUCUCAAAUAUUGUCGUGGAGGCUGUACUCUCCGUUGCAGAUAUGGAGAGGAAAGAUGUUAGAUUUGACCUAAUAAAAAUUGAAGGAAAAACAGGAGGCCUCUUAGAAGAAUCCACCCUAAUCAAAGGAAUCGUCUUGAAUAAGGAACUUUCCCAUUCGCAGAUGGUGAAAGAAGUGAAAAACGCAAAAAUUGCCAUCCUUACGUGUCCAUUCGAACCACCCAAACCCAAAAUAAAACAUAAGCUAAAUAUCACAAAUGUAGAUGCGUUUAGAGAUCUCCAAAAUAUUGAAAAGAAAUAUUUUUACGAUAUGAUCGAUUCGUUGAAAAAGGCAGGAGCUAAUUUCGUCAUCUGCCAAUGGGGCUUUGAUGAUGAAGCAAAUUAUCUGCUCUUGAAGGAAAAUAUUCCAGCUAUCAGAUGGGUAGGAGGAGUCGAAAUGGAACUCAUAGCCAUCGCCACAGGAGGAAAAAUCAUUCCUAGAUUUGAAGAUAUACAUGAAUCUAAAUUAGGAAAAGCAGAACUUAUAAGGGAGAUUAGUCAUGGUACUGUUAACAACCCCAUGGUUUUUAUUGAAGGAUGCUCAAACACGAAGGCAAUCACUAUCCUCUUAAGAGGAGGUAACCAAAUGAUGAUUGAAGAAUGCGAAAGAAGUGUACACGAUGCCUUGUGUUCUGUUCGAAAUUUGAUAAGGGAUAAUAGAAUCCUCCCAGGGGGAGGAGCUAGCGAAAUUUACGCUGCUCUUGCUAUUGAAAAUGUGGCUGACAAAUGUAAAGGCAUAGAACAAUAUGCUAUCCGAGCCUUUGGAAACGCUCUACUUUCUAUCCCAAUCAACCUCUGCAAUAAUAUGGGACUCAACAGCAUCGAUAUCAUCUCUGAAAUAAAAACAAAAAUCAUUCAGGAGAAAAAAAAGAACCUCGGUAUCGAUAGCCUCAACUAUAAAGUGGACGACAUGAUACAGAAGGGAAUUUUCGAAACGUUCAACUCCAAGUAUAAUCAGUUCUCCCUCGCCACACAGGUCGUCAAGAUGAUACUAAAAAUUGACGACGUCAUUGCGCCAAAUGAUUUUAACUAG